AUGAACGAAGACAGGAUCAGUAAGUUGCCUGAGGUUCUGAUUCUGCAGAUACUUUCUCUACUUCCUACAAAAUCUGCCGUAGUCACGAGUGUUUUGUCUAAAGAAUGGAAGUUUCUUUGGAAGAUGAUCCCUAGACUCGAGUUUGAUUCUUGCGAUCACAAAGGUGAACUCGGAACAUUCUCGAAUAAUGUUUGCAAGUCUUUGCUUUCGCACAAAGCUCCGGUUCUAGAGAGUUUGCAUAUCAGUUUUACUUUUGACAGCUGCGAUGCUUCUGAUAUUGGAAUGUGGAUUGGAAUUGCAUAUGCACAACAUGUGCGUAAGUUGGUUCUCGAUGUUGAAUCUAAGGGCCCAGGAAGGGUUUUCCCACUUCCUAGAAGCCUGUAUAACUGUGAAAUACUUGAAACCUUGAGACUCACGUCCUGUUUGCUUUUCCUGAAAGAUUCUUCUCAAGUUUGCCUAAAGUCCCUUAAAACUCUACACCUUUUAUCCAUGAUAUACGACGGGUCAUUUCUUCACCUUUUAUCUGGUUGCCCUAAUCUUGAGAAUUUGUUGUUCAAUACUUCACCUGGAUACGCGAGGGUGGCGUUUUUCCCUAUUUCGGUGCCAUCCUUACUGAGACUAUCUUUUCGUAUACAAAGCUGCAACGGUUGUAGCUACGUGAUAAAUACUCCUUCUUUGAAAUACAUGGAGAUUGAAGCGAAACACAUUUUAGAAUUUCGUCUGAUUGAGAGUGUGACAAACCUAGUGGAGGCAAAUCUUUAUAUUGAGUACAUCUCUCCUAUGGCCAGUGAGAACCUUCUGAGAUCGUUAACUUCAGCCAAGCGCCUUUCCCUGGAAUUAGCACCCUUGGAGAUUAAGUUUCCUACCGGUAUCAUCUUCAACCAGCUGGUACAUUUGGAGCUAUAUACAACUAGAGAAGCGUGGUGGAAUUUACUCUUUUUCAUGCUCUCUGAUUCUCCUAACUUGCGAGUCCUGAAGCUCAUCAAUUUAGAGAAUUAUUGGAGAGACGGUUUCAAAUCUAGUGGAAAAUGGAAUCAUCCAGAGAAUUUUCCAAAAUGUUUGUUGUUUCAUCUCGAGACAUUCACGUGGGAAGGCUACAGCAAGUGGCUAGUACAAGAGGAGAAAAAGGUGGCGAGAUACAUUCUAAUCAAUGCAUAUCGUUUGAAGAGAGCAACUUUCUCCUUAACCGACAUGAGUUCUGAAGAAAGUGGGGAGCUGAUCCAGAAUUUGAAGAAAGUCAGAAAGGCUUCAAAGUCAUGUAAGCUUAUGUUCAAAUGA